UCCUCGACGUAUUCCUCCACGCGGCAACUUACAGACCAUUCGUAAUGUCAAGCCCGUCUGAACAGGACCUUUAUAGCGGCCUGCAGGAGGCUCUUAGGAAUCAACAGCAAUGGCAAGUACAAGAUGACCUUGAUGACAUUGACGAAGGUGAUGACGCUGGCUACUUGGAUGAUUCCACCGAAAGCUCUUACGAUGCUGACUUGGAAUGGGAGGAAAGCAAAGAGCAAAUCAAUAUGCUCCUGUCUCUUGUGAUAUUCCCGUUUGUUGGUAAAUGGCUCGGUCGUAAAUUCUCAUUCUGGGGUAAGUACCUGAUAAUGGGGCACCUUUUUUCAUCACGGUUCCUGACGCCGUCUCCUUUCAGUGUGGUCGAAAUACCUUCACAGCUUCUACGUUGAUAGCGCACGACGCAUUGCUGCCUAAACACCUUGACUCGACGUUGUGGCGAGGAGAAAAAUCACGUGUGCCAGUCCUUUGGCGCGUUGUAAAUAAAUCGCUUCUUUCUUUUCCUCUAGAAGAAACUUUGUACGCUUGCAAUUAAACUGAAAAGGAAACUGUAAUGAAACUUUUUUUGCCAAA